AACGCUAAAUUUCCAUAGAACAGAAUCAACAUAACCAACAAUAUAUAUAUAUUUUUUUAAUUUGUUUGAGAGUGAUAUAUAUGUUCGCUGAGUUGAAUGAAGACUUUAGGGUUGCUGGAGUAUAUUUAAUUUCGCAUUUGACUUUUAAAGACAUACUUGGAAUGUUACUUUUGUAGCAGAGUAGGUGACGUAAGACGUCUUUACCACAAUUUGUAAUUACGUGAUUCAUCACUGGCCAGUGCUGUGUGUUGACCAUGGUUGAUAGGCUUGUGAACAGCGAGGCGAAUGCUCGCCGCAUCACGAUGGUGGAGAACUGCUUCGGCAGCUCGGGACAGCCGCUGGCCGUGCCGGGCAGGGUGCUGGUGGGGGAGGGAGUCCUCACCAAGAUGUGCCGCAAGAAGCCCAAGGCUCGUCAGUUCUUCCUCUUCAAUGACAUCCUCGUGUACGGGAACAUCAUUAUUAACAAGAAAAAGUAUAACAAGCAGCACAUAAUACCAUUAGAGGAAGUCAAGUUGGAAUCCUUGGAGGAUGAUGGCCAGUUUCGUAAUGGCUGGCUCAUUCGCACUGCAUCCAAAUCAUUUGCGGUUUAUGCUGCUACUUCGACUGAAAAGGAAGAGUGGAUGGCGCACAUCAAUAAGUGCAUUGAAGACUUGUUGAGGAAAAGUGGCAAGAAGGCGGUGGAGGUGCACGCAGCCGUGUGGGUCCCAGACUCGGAGGCGGCUGUGUGCAUGCACUGCAAGAAGACUCAGUUCACCGUUCUCAACCGCAGGCACCACUGCCGGAAGUGCGGGGCCGUGGUGUGCGGGCCGUGCUCCAGCAAGAGGUUCCUGCUGCCGAGCCAGUCCUCCAAGCCGCUGCGCGUGUGCCUCAACUGCUACGACACCCUGUCGCGCGCCAAGGCCCAGCACAACAACCUGCCCGGCCUGCCCGACAGCCUGGCCAAAGAUAACAAGGAGCGCAAUGGGUCAGGGGAGUCGUCGGGGGAAGAGGACUCGGAUGAGGAGGAGGACGUGAACCGCUCCCAGGGACAGCAGGAGGUGCACGAGGAGCCCAAAUUCUAUGGCGAGUCCGAAGCCGUGGAUGAGUUGAAGACCAAAUAAUGCAGUUAACAAGGGUGUACUGCAUUGUGUACCUUUGUGUAUCUUUUGUUUCCUGCUCGUGUACUCUCGGCUUGUUGUGCCAGAGUGUCGCCAAAUUCAGCUCUAUUUUUAUACACGUAGGAAGAUGAUAGAAUGUACAGGGUUGCACAUUUUAUAGGAUUAAAUCAUGCACUUUAUAAACUGUACAUUGUCAGUAUACAUUUUUUUAUUUACACUUUUGAAUUGUCAACAUGGCAGAGUUUAGUAGCCUGCAGUUGUGGUAGAGAAUCUCUGUGAUUAUUCAAGUUGAUGCUGUUUGUGGUUGGAGAUUUUGAAGGUUUUGAGAAGUCAAUAAAAAUUGCAACUUAGGAUUAAGUUGAAGUAUUACUAUGGUUAUUUAUAUAUAUAUGCGGGUGAAGUUCAAAAUAUUGUUUUCUGUGUGUGGCAUUCGUGGACACAAAAGUUUGUAUAUAAAACUGUAAUUCUAGAGAGUAUAUAAUUGAGAGAUGUGAAUGACUAUGUAGCAAUUUCUUGUAACGUAGUCUGUUAAAUUAUGAGUUGUAUGUGUUAAGUUGUGAUAUGUAUUUAAUAUUUCAUUCUCUUCUGGCAGUUUAAUUGGAUAUUACGUGCCUUCUGAAAGAUGUCUUGCCCUCAUGCAGCAGUAUGUUGUGCAGUUGUGUGCAGUUUUUGUCAUGAUUCUUCUGUGAAUGCUUUGCAAGUGCAUAAACCCAGAAUACAUGGUUUUACCAUUGCAUAGAUUCAUUUUGGUAGUUGGCAGGCUUGUCAAAUUUUUAAAGGCAAGAGUGGAAUUUUAGAACAGUGUGUAUUUUCAUCCUUAUGUUUUAUUUUAAAGAAUACAUAUUUUUUGGUACGAAAGGGAACGUACAAGGGUAUUUUUUUUUUCCAUGCAUGAAUUAAGCAGAAUUAUUGUGAAUUACUGUAUUGUUUGGUGGCUUAUAGGACUGUUUAAAUGAUUUUGUGUUCUUGGUGAAAAAAUAAUUUCAGCAUUAAAAGUUAAGGAGACUUUUCUAUUUUUGAAAAUUGAAUCAAAGUUUAUUGAGGUAUCCAGUGUUUGUCUAGGAAAAAAGCAACAGCAUUGCUGCUACUUAGUGCUACUUCUAUAUUAAUUUGAUGGGGGUUAUUUUUUAUUGAUAGUUUUUCUACUGAUUCGUUAAAAAAAGCAUUGGGUUGGAGAAAGUAAACAUUAAUUAUGAAAUCUGAAACAACUCAACCUUUCUGUGCUGUAAUAAAAUGAAAACGCUUUUGUGAAACCUCAAUAAAAACAUACAAAAUUUACUAAAACCUCAUCAUACAUUAUAUUAUGUUAGAUCCCUUGCAAGUCACGAAGAUGAUGAUGUAUUUUGUCAAAAUAUUCCUCCUCAAUCAUUCAAAAAAUAUUUUAAAAAUAAAAAUAGUUAAUGAUUUUUAGAGAAGAGUUCAAAAUAUGUAAAAAUGUUUCAGCUGUACACAUAACAAUUUAGUUGUCAUGUUCUUUGAAUGGCUCUUGCAACAAGGAAGAUUGAUUUAAGAUGUUUCUUACACAUGCGCCAUUGCAGUUUAAACAAAGGUUUCUAAUGACAGACAGUGUAACCAGCAGUAAUGGUGUAUGUCCGAAACAAAUCUUAGAUUAUGUUGUAACUAUUUUCUCAUUACCAUCAAUAUUGCAUGUAAAAAUAAAAGUACUCUGGCAAAGAACAUAAUUUUUGUGUAUGAAGAACUUUCUAGAACAGCGUAUUUGGAGUGUAUUCAACUGUUUUGUGAAGAAUAAAUUUCAUAAAGUUUCAGACCUCUUUUCUUCUGUCAGUAGUUCAUCCUAAAUUUGAGUGAAAAAACUAAUCCCUGAAUUUUUAAUUUUUCACAUGCUGCAGUGCUUACAUGUAAGGGAAUUUAUACCGUAAUCAGAAUCUGACCCGUAACUAAUUGUUCUGUCUUGUAGAACUAGAUAAUAGUCUAAUACAAUUAAUACAAACAAAAUGCCUGACUGCUGUAUCUUGCAGCUGAUUUCGUGUUAAAACAUGCUACUAAAUAUCAACCUACAUCCGUUAUUGUGUUCAUUUGACAUCCGUGACACACAGUUCACCAUAGUUCUUGUUAUAUUACACACAAACCAUACAAGCUAGCAACAAAAGAAAACAUUUCACAACAUUUUAUAAAAUUCAUUAUAUUAAUUUUAAUACACUUUAAUGGGUUCUGAGUGCUUUGAAAAAUGACUUACUAGUAUCAGACUCAUUUGAUUCAUUCUUAGAGCAUUUGUUUGUACAUAACCUUUUCAUGAUGUUUAGUUUAUUGUAGAGUGAUGAGAUAAAGAGCUCAUUAUGUUUGUAUAUUUAUAUACUUUUUGUAUUUCGCUCUCACAAAGGUUACAAAAUUUACUAUAAUGACAACUUCUUAAUGUAAAUAAACGUUUUCUUGACUUUGUGCUUAAUUUAUUACGUUAGCAAAGAUGCUCGUUGGUCAGUCAGACCUCCACGAGUAAUUCCCGAUCGUUCCGUGGUUUAUUUCACGCAUACCUGAUCGAUCAACAUGUCUGGUCGCAUGUCUCCUCACAUUUGGUUAUGGCCUUGAAGUGAAAUAUUCUUUUGAAAUAAUUGCAUAAAACAAUAUUUUGCCACAGUAUAGCACAGUGCUCUGGAGACUGUAGUCUAUAUAGUGUGUGACAUAGUCCAGAAUAUACUAAUCAAAAGUCUGAAAUAUAAAUGGUAAUGUGUGUAUUUAACUGCAAAUAUGUUAGGUUAAAAUAUAAUAAUUUAAUGUUGUGUAAUGAACAUGUCAACUUAGUUAAGCAACCAAAAAUGAAUGGACUUGCACGAGGCUAGUUUGGCAGGAUAGAUGACAUUAAGCGCAGUUGGUGUGAUGCAUAUUACGGAAUGCAGCUGGAACCAGUAUCAGGAAAUCAUACAGCCAUUGGCAUCAUCUUGCAGCGAUGAUGUGUCCUUAGAAAGCAACCGAUGGGGUAGCAGAAUACACGACAACCAACUUCCUCAUUCUGCUCUAAGAACAGCAGGGUUACUAGUUUUAUUCAGAACUUUAAUAGAAAUAAUUCUUUGCAAAUUAAUAUUGUGAAUACUCUUAAUCUUCUGUUGGGUACCUCUUUGAACAGCACCCUGGCAACAACACGCACUUAGCAGUCUGGACAUCACAAUAACUUAUACACAAAUACCACUUUUUACUCUACUGCUUCUGUGCCAAAAUAAUGUAACAAGCAAAAAAACACCUUCUACAUGUGUAGCCAAGGAAAUAUGAACGAUGAUGGCGGCCAGGAAGAAACAACCUUGCCAACCCCAGCUGCUGUAAAACUGAUGGUAGGAAUUACAAAAGAAAAAACUUCAAGGAUCUAAUUGCAAACUGUUGUUGGAAAACUCUGAAACAAGCCAUGAGGAAGUUAAGUCAAUGGAAAGUCAACAGCAAUAAAUAUAAUUGAAACAUACAACACUUCAGAUGAAAUUUGAAAGUUAAUAAAUUUAAAUAAAUACAUAAUAAUUGCUGAUAACAAUAAGCAAUGAAAUAUAAUUAGCUCAAUGUAAAAAAAAAACCUAUUCUUUGAGUAGAGCCAAUACUAAUUAUAUAAACUUCCCAAUUAGCAUGAUGAGGUGUGAAGUGUUCAUUCAUAGUUAGUACAGAACUGGAAAACCGGGAAAAGUCAGGAUGUUUAAAAUGGUAAGGAAAUUUGAAAAAAUGUAAGGGAAAUUACAACAUAUUUCUGGAAUUUCUUCUUGCGCUAACAUGUAGUUGAGCAACCAAAAAAAAAAAGUAUUUAUGAAUGUUUACACACAAGUUUGAAUCCAUUUGUACAAUAGUUUCAGGUGAAUGGAUUGUUAUAGUUUGCAAACAUGUAUUUCAAUCUCAAAACUGCAUUACUUUCACCAGAGAUUUUACUUCGUGACCAUUUAUUUUGAUGGGCCUGUAUUGUCAAUAAUCAAACACUGAAUUUAUUUGCAAUAAUUCUAAUACUACCCGCUUCCGCAGUUAAUAGCGAUAAAAUAAUGAAUUGUUAUUCAAAAGUAGCAGAAUAAUAUAAUCACUUGCGAUAAAAUUUCAAUAAAUUUUUGUUGUGGCUAGGAGAUCUAGACCUAAGUGUUUGUGAUUUCUCCAAUGUUCCUAUGGACUGGAUGCAUAGGUAGGUCUUAUGUAUUAAUAUUAAUAUUAAACAAAACAUAUGAAACGAAAAACUAGACCGCACAUGUUUUGAUACUGGUCGGGGGAAUAUGGUAUCAAAAUUAUUUAUAAAUUCAAACUAAAAAAAAUUUAGGAGAAAAAAAUGUGCUAUGAAGUGUGGCAUGACCAUAAUCAAAAAAUCUGCAAGGACAUUGGUUUGAAGUGAGCGAUUUGUAAAACUAGCUUUCAAAAUCAGAUAACCUCAACUGUGAAACUGGCAACCUCAGCUAAACACAAAAUAAAUAUAAUUUAUAUUAUUUGUAAUUUAAAUUACAUUACAAAUUUGGUUAUACUUGUUAUUCUGUUCAGUGGUUCCUACUUCAGUGCUAUUGAUUUUUCAUUUUGACAUCAAAUUUUGUAGUUGGUUAGGUUAGCUCUGAUAGGUAAUUCAUAACCAACUGUCUUUACUUUUUUUUGAUAUUUUGAAUUUAGCCAACUUAUUUCAACUGAUUAUUUUAUCACAGUAAUUUUAAUAUAGAAAAGCUAACCUAACCACUCGGUGGUAAACUACUGGUAAACAACUUGAAUGAUUGGAAAUAGUCAGCGAGUUAAAAUGCUUCUUAUAAUUAUAACUUUUUCCAGAAAAGAAGCUUUCCUUCAGAAUUACUAAUAAUUAAUUUUAAUAUGGUAUGUUUCUUUUGAGAAAAGAGGUUUUAUCAUGUAAUUAUUAAUUGAUUUUGGUAUGAAACCUUUUAAAAUGAAAAUGGGACAUUUAAACUGCUCAUACAACCUUCUUUUCUUGUAGAAAAAUAGUCAGCAUCAACUGGAGCUGCAGGAUUGUUCCUGUGUGAAAACUCAAUGAAAUUUGUUAAUUCAGGAUUGUAAAACCUGGAAAAGUCAGGGAGGGAAUUUCUUGUAGCAGCCAUUUCAUUGAAAUUGUCAAAUUUUCUUGCCAUUACUAAAGAUGAAAUAACAAGGUACCUAUGAGUCUCGAAAAAAAAUAUUGCAUCUAAUUUUGUUGAAUUUUUCUUUUCUUUAAUAUUUUUCAUAGGUUUGGUUGCUAGGGUGCAUGAUUGUUGUAUAAAACAGAUAAAAUUAAGUAUAAUUAUGUGCUGGUCACAAUCUUUGCAAUAUCUGACUAAAGGAGCAAAGUUUAUUCAAUGUAGAUUUAUAGUAUUUUUAAGAUAUCAGCUGCAAAUUAUCGCAAUCUGACAUUUUGUUUGUUUCUAGGUCUUGUAGAAUCCUUAAAGACUUGAGAUGACCAAAAACAUUUUUUCAAAUUUUUGUUUUAUUUAUUGUGGUUGUGGGAGAGGAGUGGAAAAUUUGCUUCCAAGCAAACAAAAAAAAAUUUAAGAAAAAGAGUUUUACCCCCUCCCCCUUUCCCACAUGAAAUAACGCCCUAAUUCAUACCAGGAAAACAGAGUGAAUUUCAAAACAGUGCUUAUCAAAUUUGUUUCUUCCAUAAUAGUGUAUGUAAAUCAAGAUAUGUUUUACAAUCAAGGAAUGUGUGGUUGUAGACAAAUAUUUAAACAAGACAUUGCUCCUGUUAAUAUCUAUUCACAGUAUUAUUAUAACUAUGUUUAAAUCCUAUAAACAUGUGAAUUAUCUAUUAUGAGAAUAAAUAUUCUAAUGUAAAGUUACAAUGUAAAAAAAAUCCUGGUUAGCACAUUUUCAUAAAAGGUCUUGGGCAUAAUGUUGUUACGAGUAUAAUGUGGGGAGAAAACAGGGUUCAUAAGGGAUAGCCUUAUUAGUACAGUUUAAUUAAUUACUAAUGUCUACACUAUAAAUUUAAUUACUGCAUUCAAGAUUUCUGUCCACAACAAUUAGUCUUAACUGAUCCUUGACACAUUCACUCUUUCCACUGGAGCUUGGCUCAACAGUUGCUCGCUCUUCUGUCCGCCUCUGUCCGCUUCCUUCGCACACUCACCCACAUCGUGCCACAGCACAGUCCCCAACUAUCGCUCGUCGCACCCGACUGGCUCGCCAGGCCUUCUCGCAGGUAUCGCCUCCCGAUAGGUCCGGUUCGCUCAGCAAGGGUCGCUUGCCCUCUUCAACUCUCGCUGAUAGCACGGGUAUCGCCAGUAUCACUCCCGAGGGGGAGACACUCUCUGCUACUCAGAACUCUUCGAACCCUCUGAACUCCUGUGGAGGCCGGCAUCGUCGCUUGUAUACUUGUGGCAUCCUUCUCUAAGGGACGAGAGCAGCUGUGACAUUACCCAAGAUAUUGUACUUUUAACAUGUAAUUAUAUAAAUAAAAUUACAAUACAUAUCGAUUCUGGAAACUUGAGUUUUUGAAACACCAUUUGAAUGGUUAAAGACCAUCCAUAGUUAAUAUAUUUUUUAUUUUUUAAUCUUGACACGUAAAUUUUUUAUUCAAGGGGUAUAUCCAAGGUAUUCUCAGAGAUGUUAAUUUGAGAAAAUUGGGAUUUGACCCAUCACUAAAAUAAACAUAUAAAAUAUUUGGACAUUAUUGUGACUGGAAAUUGUGGGAGGUGAACAUACAACCAAGAAGCAGUCUUAAAGAACCGGAUCCGAACCGAGACCGAGGACUAAAGUAUAACAGACAACAUCACUAGGGCAGCCCAAGUUACACCAGCUUGUGGGGUAGGUGAUACAGUGUAGACGAUGAAUGAAAUACAUGAUGGCUUAGUACUUCUCUAUUGAAGUAAUGGAAUCCCAGUUGCUAAGCAAAACAGUAGAGCAAGCAUGUAUUCCCCAUUACACAUAAUCAAAUAUAAAUAAAUGUGUUAUAAUGUCAACAUACUUGGUACUGUUCAGAACUGUAAAAAAGUGGCUGUAUGAUUUUUUGUAAAGAAAAAUUAGAAAAUUUAAAGUUUCCUGACAUUUUGGGCAAUGAUAGGCAUUCAUAUCGUUCAAAUAUGGCUGAGAAAAAUAAUUUCCACCAUUCUACAAAAUAUAAACAAGUACAUGUACAACGUGGUUAUUUUUUGACCAAUAAUCGUUAAAUAAUGAAGCACUGUUUCCAUGAAUCGGUUGACUGCUUGCAGCCAAAUGCUGUGCUGGUUUAGCCCUUAGUACAUGUACAGUGCUUUGCCAAACAUACACAAGUGAAAUUAAGCUAUUGGUUCUUUACAUCUGUCUAACAUCUAUCUUUACAAGCCUUGUAACAACAUGAGUACAGUGAAUAAUAAAUAUAAUUGUUUUCUUUAUUUGUUCAUAUUUGUUAAUUUUGUAAAUAUCAAUAUUUAUUUUCUGCUGUUACGGUUUCCCAUUUAGCAAUGCAAUACAAUUACAAUUUUGGGAAGCAUUUCUGUGUAUCAAAUGAGUGAAUAAUUUGUUUAAAAUGUUCUGUACUAAAAUGUAAAAAAUCAUGGACAUUUUGAAUACCCAAAACAGUGAUAAUAGUAAAUGUUUGCUGUAACUUUCUAUUCAGUAAAGAAAUUGUACAUAUUUCUUUGUACUUGUGAAUAUGAGGUACUACUAAGUUGUAUCUAUGCAAUGGGUUGAUUCUCUUUGUGAUGGUUUGGUGAGAAUGUGGGCUGUUUUUUUAUUUUUUAUUUUUAUUGUAGUUUAGGAAUACUAGUGCCUUGUCAAUGUUUCUGUACAACCACGACUGACUGAUCAUUAGAGCUGUGGCAUUAUUAUCAUUCUCUCUUAUGUACUGGACUUGUAAUUAAUCACAUUAACCAUAUUCGUUGAGGCUAUUAAAGUUUAAUUAUUUCAA